UUUGCUCCCAUUGGAAACGACAGGUUGUGGUCUAUCUUGAGUUACUUAUACAACUAUCUUUGGUUGCACGCUCGCUCCUUAGGGCGUCAUGAACAUCAUGGGAAACUUCUCUGACUGUGCAUGUAUGAUUUUGUGUGUAUUGUUAUAAACGAUAACGCAUAUCGCUUACUUUACGUUGACUAACUAGCUAUUCCUCUUAAUAUGUGCACAUGAAAGUCGAGGAAGACGUGUUGAUGCUUGCUUCCUGCCAGCGUGUGUUACGUUGCUAGCUAGCGUUAGCUAUUUUAGUAUAUACAGGAAGAAGCUAGCUAUCUACCUGGCAUGGAAUCCAUUGAACGCACGCGUGGCUGUCAAACUUCCUCGAAAAUCGAAGAGGACUUGGUCAAAGAUGAUUUUACACCCUCGAAGCUCGGAACGAAAGAAUAGUGAGUGUUCCAAAAUGACACAUCAAUGUUCUCCUUGCCCAGCAUAAUUGCUAAUGUUACAUUUGUAUUAGUCUUUUUUGUAUGUAUUAGGGAUCCCCAUACGUUUCCUGGGGUCCAAACACAUUAAGGCACUGUUCUUCGCCACUAUUUUUUUGAAACGUUGUAUCCUUCUGUUUCUAGCAAGGUGUUACAUUAUUUCCAUUUAUUUUUUAGCUGGGAUGAUGCGUACCAGAGGGAAUUGCAGACAUUUAAAGACAUUGGAGACGUCGGUGAGAUAUGGUAAAGAUAAUACUGGUUAUAGUGUAAAUGGAUCUGUGCAGCCCUAUAUCAACUUACAAUGGAUUGGAGAGGUGUUCAGAAGGGUCGAACUAAUGUCUAUGGGUGGAACGUUCAUUUGCCUCCAACACUUUGCCCCAGUGUACCACCUACUACAAUAUCCAGCUACCAAGGACACAUUUGGUCAAAGUUUAUACAGUUGUCAUUGUGCUGUACUGUGCCCCAUCUCUAUUUCCUAAGGUUUGGAGAAGAGAGUAUGGACCGUGUACUGCGGUGGAUGGAAAAAGAGGGAAUCCCAGAAGAUGCUGCUGUACUUGAUAUUGGCACAGGGAAUGGUGUCCUUUUAGUAGAACUGGUAGGCUUUGAAAAAAAUUGAAAGUUGUGUAAUUACUAUGCUGUAAAAAUGCCUAUUAGGCAUACACACCUGUAGCAUAUACUGAAUGUACAAAACAUUAAGAACACCUGCUCUUUCCAUGACAUAGACUGACCAGGUGAAAGCUAAGAUCCCUUAUUGAUGUCACUUGUUAAAUUCACUUCAAUCAGUGUAGAUGAAUUGGAGGAGACAGGUUAAAGAAGGACUUUUAAGCCUUGAGACAAUUGAGACAUGGAUUGUGUAUGUGUGCCAUUCAGAGGGUAAGUGUGUGAAGAACUGCAACGCUGCUGUUUUUUCCACGCUCAACAGUUAGCCCUGUGUAUCAAGAAUGGUCCACCACCCAAAGGACAUCCAGCCAACUUGACACAACUGUGGGAAGCAUUCGAGUCAACAUGGGCCAGCAUCCCUGUGGAGUGCUUUUGACACCUUGUAGAGUCCAUGCCCUGAUGAAUUGAGGCUGUUCUGAGGUCAAAAGGGGGGUGCAACUCAAUAUUAGGAAGGUGUUCCUAAUGUUUUGUACACUCAGUGUAGGACAACAUUAGCUUGAAUGCUUUCUUCACCUAUGUCAAUCAUUUUUGCCUUUGCAUGACUAUUCAUGUUCUUUAUGCAUUCUGAUUUUUUUUUUCUUCUCUAGGCCAAAAGUGGAUACACAAAUCUCACAGGAAUAGAUUAUUCUGCAGCUUCUGUUGAACUUGCAAGAAGUGUACUGCAGACAGAAGACUGUUCUAAUGUGGAAGUCAAGGUAAGCCCUACCUGCUGUGUGUGUAGAAAUGAUAAUCGCUACAGUAACACUACAGUAACAGCUGUAUUAAUUGCUGUUGCACAGUACAUUAGCAGGCCUAAUAGCAUUGUAAUUGCAGUGCACAGUAAUGGAGUUGAGCGGUUUUUGUUAUUACAAGUGGUAAGGGAGAGAACCUAUUUCUCUUUUGCAAUAACAAAAAACACACUUAGUGUUUUGGCCAUGUGUAUACCAGCAAUUGUUAUGUGCAAGGGACACAUGCUUACAGCAGAUGGUAUACUUCAAAUCAAAUGUUAUUGGUCACAUGCGCCGAAUACAACAGGUGCAGACAUCACAGUGAAAUGCUUACUUACAGCCCUUAACCAACAGUGCAUUUAUUUUUAACAAAAAAAGUAAAAAUAAAACAAUAACAAAAAAAGUGUUGAGAGAAAAAAAAGAGCAGAAGUAAAAUAAAAUAACAGUAGGGAGGCUAUAUAUACAGGGGGGUACCGUUGCAGAGUCAAUGUGCGGGGGCACCGGCUAGUUGAGGUAGUUGAGGUAAUAUGUACAUGUGGGUAGAGUUAAAGUGACUAUGCAUAAAUAAUUAACAGAGUAGCAGCAGCGUAAAAAGGAUGGGGUGGGGGGGCACUGCAAAUAGUCCGGGUAGCCAUGAUUAGCUGUUCAGGAGUCUUAUGGCUUGGGGGUAGAAGCUGUUGAGAAGUCUUUUGGACCUAGACUUGGCACUCCGGUACUGCUUGCCGUGCGGUAGCAGAGAGAACAGUCUAUGACUAGGGUGGCUGGAGUCUUUGACAAUUUUGAGGGCCUUCCUCUGACACCGCCUGGUAUAGAGGUCCUGGAUGGCAGGAAGCUUGGCCCCAGUGAUGUAGUGGUCUAAGGCACUGCAUCUCAGUGCUUGAGGCGUGCGUCACUACAGACCCCCUGGUUCGAUUCUAGGCUGUAUCAUAACCAGCCGUGAUUGGGAGUCCCAUAGAGCGGUGCACAAUUGACCCAGUGUCGUCCAUGUUUUGCCGGUGUAGGCCGUCAUUGUAAAUAAGAAUUUGUUCUUAACUAACUUGCCUAGUUAAAUAAAGGUAAAAUAAAAUAAAUACUUAACAGUUGGUGGUACUAUUGGACUGUAUUGUGAGACCUAUGCACAGACACCUACACACACGUCCAUACAGUAUGUCAAUACCUCAUACUUAUUCAUUAUACAGUCAUAUUUUAAUCAAUUAAGAACAUUUAUAUUGGUCACUAAUGCUUUGGAAGAAAAUAGGUGUGGUGGACUGCAUAUAUUUGACAUAAAUGUCUGUCAGAAUGAUAAUUUCAUGAAUAAAAACCGUUUGUUUCAUUUUUUAUGAUUAAGCAUACUGUAAUGGUAAUAAUGCCACAUGUGCAGGACUGGAAUAUAAACAUUUCCAUUUCCAACGUUUAUCCACAUCCCACUACUCCAUCCCAGUAAUAUUUUGUUUAGGACUGUGGGUCUCUUGGUUGGACCCCAGACCACAGACAAACCCAGCCAUUGAUGCUUAGCUCUGCAUGAAUUCUCCAACCGCCAGUGACACAAUCUAGCUUUCAGCGCACCAUAUCCCCUAGCCUAGGGCUGUUGCCAUGAGGGGAAACUCUCCUGUGUUUACCUGGCAUGUUGGAGGGGUAGCAGAGAGGUGUUAAAAGUAAUGGGACUCCGCCUGGCUUUGGAUUCAGCCACAUUGUGGCCGGGCGAGCUGACGGGAUUUAACACAUCUGCAGGAAAACAUGUGCAAGAAAAACAGGUUUUAAAUGCCACUCAUCCAUAUGAUACCAAACCUAGGGAUGAGUGAGGUUUCCUCCCCCAUACACACACACACACAUGUAUAGUCUCUUACUGUACACCUUCCUCUGGAGCAAUGUUCCCUCUAAAUUCUUCGGCACUGAGCAAAUUUCAGGUCUGCUGAGAGCAAACUUGAACGUUGUGAAAAUUCUGUGCAACUUCCAGCGCUCGUUUACUGUGAACACUGAGGCUGUACCCACUUUAAGUUACAGUUUAACAGCGGCCAAGUAGGCUACUGUGGCUAUUUGAGCAUAAUACAGGCCUACCAGAGUGGCCUACCAUAAAAAACAAUGGAGAAAAUGCAUCCCAUACCAUUUUAACAUGGAAAUAGCCUAGUCAUUCAGCCUAAAAUAGCAGAUAAUGUGUGGUGUUUGAUGUAGGCCUACAUUCCAUGAGACUUUAAAAAAUAUAUAUGCAGGGCUUGACAUUAACCUGUUUAUCCACUUGUCCUUCAGACAAGGAGGUGACUGAAAAUGUUGUUGUUUGAUGCAAGAAACCACUUUACAAAAUAAAAUGCAUUAUUAUUCUCAUACUAAUUAUUACAGAGAAUCAGACAAAUUAUGCUACCCUCUGCCUAUUGGCUAUUUAGCUUAUUCAAGCAUGUCUCAAAAUACAACACUGCAAAAAAAAAAGCUCUUUACCUGACUUGCUUUUCAAAGAAAUCAAAUAAAAUUUUAUUGGCCACAUGCGCCGAAUACAACAGGUGCAGACAUUACAGUGAAAUGCUUACUUACAGCCCUUAACCAACAGUGCAUUUAUUUUUAAUAAAAAAGUAGAAUAAAACAAAAAAGUGUUGAGAAAAAAAGAGCAGAAGUAAAAUAAAAUAACAGUAGGGAGGCUAUAUAUACAGGGGGGUACCGGUGCAGAGUAAAUGUGCGGGGGCACCGGCUAGUUGAGGUAGUUGAAGUAAUAUGUACAUGUGGGUAGAGUUAAAGUGACUAUGCAUAAAUAAUUAACAGAGUAGCAGCAGCGUAAAAAGAUGGGGUGGGGUGGGGGGGCAGUGCAAAUAGUCCGGGUAGCCAUGAUUAGCUGUUUAGGAGUCUUAUGGCUUGGGGGUAGAAGCUGUUGAGAAGUCUUUUGGACCUAGACUUGGCACUCCGGUACCGCUUGCCAUGCGGUAGCAGAGAGAAGUCUGACUAGGGUGGCUGGAGUCUUUGACAAUUUUGAGGGCCUUCCUCUGACACCGCCUGGUAUAGAGGUCCUGGAUGGCAGGAAGCUUGGCCCCAGUGAUGUACUGGGCCGUACGCACUACCCUUUGUAGUGCCUUACGGUCGGAGGCCAAGCAGUUGCCAUACCAGGCGGUGAUGCAACCAGUCAGGAUGCUCUCGAUGGUGCAGCUGUAUAAUUUUUUGAGGAUCUGAGGACCCAUACCAAAUCUUUUCAGUCUCCUGAGGGGGAAUAGGCUUUGUCGUGCCCUCUUCACGACUGUCUUGGUGUGUUUGGACCAUGAUAGUUCGUUGGUGAUGUGGACACCAAGGAACUUGAAGCUCUCAACCUGUUCCACUACAGCCCCGUCGAUGAGAAUGGGGGCGUGCUCAGUCCUCUUUUUUUUCCUGUAGUCCACAAUCAUCUCCUUUGUCUUGGUCACGUUGAGGGAGAGGUUGUUAUCCUGGCACCACAUGGCCAGGUCUCUGACCUCCUCCCUAUAGGCUGUCUCAUCGUUGUCGGUGAUCAGGCCUACCACAAAGAAGUCUAGAAAUGUACAUGUUUUGUGCUCUUGUAGGAAGCAAUCACUCCCCUAUUGCUGACUACAAAUUAUCUAUAGCUGGCCUAAUCACUCACUAACUAGCAAAGGAUAUUAACAAAAUGUGCACACGUGGCUACAUGCAGCUCUCAAUUUGAUCUCAAAACAAGCCCAUCUACUCAUGACCGCUCAUGCUGUAAACAGUCCAGUUCAAAGUAAAUGGCACAGAUCCAUAUAUGGCAAUAGCCUAUUUGCACAUGACUACUGCAGCUCUGAUUGGUUAUGGCUCACCAGUCUGUGUAGAGCGUGUCAAUGCAAUAGAAUCCUACUCCGAUGCGUUCUGCCUAAAACAAAAUCUCUUGCGUAGUUAGUUUUGCAUACUAAGUCUUGCCUAGUUCGUUUUGUUUCGGUAUGUUGCAUUGAAAGUGGCUAAUAUUGCGUCGAUUCGAUCACAAUUGCCACAGUAAAGGGAAACGUUGAUAGUGUUAACAGGGAAAACUAGAAAGUUGGCUAGAGGGAACAUUGCUCUAGAGGUGUGUACUGUGUACUGUACUUGGUCAGAGUGCUUGCUGUUGAAGUCAAUAUUGACCUUAGUCUGGCAGCAUUCCUGUCUGGGUAGGGGUGGGUGUGUAUAUCAGAUGCAGGGGCGCAACUUUCAUUGGGGACUGGGGGACAUGUCCCCCCCACAUUCUGAAAUUACAUUUUUGUCUCCCCCAGUUGUAUUAUUGGAAUGUGAUCCAAAACAAGGCAACGGUGUGCUUUAGGACCAUGCGGACGCCUCCGUGCGUCGGGUAGGCUGUUAGGAGUGUUUAUCCGACUGGGGGGGAAAAAUACAAAAAAUGUUAUGUCCAAAGUUGUGCCCCUGAUCAGAUGGUAUGUUUGCAUCAUGGUCCAUACCUCCAGAGCAGUAGAAGAUUGGAAGUGUGUGUGUGAGUGAGUGACUAGCCUGAAGCGUACCAUCUAGUUAGAAUCUGCCUGGGACAAUUCCACCUCUGUCACCAUUUGGAAGCACUACAUGUUUUUCCACUGUUUUAAAGCCUCGCCCUCCCACCACUGGCCUAAAUCACUUCACUGAGGUUUAUGGGCGCAUCCAUCCAAAAUGAACGGAGCCAUUCCAAUGGACAUACACAUUUCUCUCAACACUGAAUCACUGUUGACCCCUCAUAAAACGGCAAUGAUGUGACCCUUAGGUGGUGGUGAGUGUGUGGCUGUUUGGCUCACCCCAGAGGUCUAGUGUUCCAUGGCCUAUAAGGAUAAAAUAGGUAUUUUAUUGGUGGUAGGUCCUCAGAAGUGGUCAGGUUUGACGACAGGGGCGAAAGCACUCUAUUUUUGCACAGAUAUUAGCCUCUGUCAUGUGGUUACUCAAGUUCAACAGAUAUUGAAGCCAAAGAUUGAUGCUGAAAGUCCCUUUUUAUACAUGGUGCCUUCAGAAAGUAUUCACACCCCUUGACUUUUUCACAUUUUGUUGUGUUACAGCCUGAAUUUAAAAUAGAUUAAAGUGAGAUUUAGUGUCACUGGCCUACACACAUUACCCCAUAAUGUCAAAGUGGAAUGAUGUUUUUAGAAAUUAAUUACAAAUGAAAAACUGAUAUGUCCUGUCAAUAAGUAUUUAACCACUUUGUUAUGGCAAGCCUAAAUAAGUUCAGGAGAAAAAAUUUGGUUAACAAGUAAAAUAAGUUGCAUGGACUCACUCUGUGUGCAAUAAUAGCAUUUAACAUUUAUUUUUUAAAAUGAUUACCUCAUCUCUGUACCCCACAUAUACAAUUAUCUGUAAGGUCCCUCAGUCGAGCAGUGAAUUUCAAACACAGAUUCAACCAUAAAGACCAGGGAGGUUUUCUAAUGACUUGCAAAGAAGGGCACCUAUUGGUAGAUAACAUUUUUUAAAUAAUAAUAAUAAAAAGCAGACAUUGAAUAUCCCUUUGAGCAUGGUGAAGUUAUUCAUUACUCUUUGGAUGGUGUAUCAAUAUACCCAUUCACUACAAAGAUACAGGCGUCCUUCAUAACUCAGUUGCCAGAGAGGAAGGAAUCUGAGUUUAAUAGAGUUUAAUAGCUGUGAUAGGAGAACUGAGGACGUAUCAAAAACAUGGCAAAGAAAUGCACUUUAUGUCCUGAAAACAAACCCCUUAUGUUUGGGGCAAAUCCAACACAACCCAUCACUGAGUACCACUCUUCAUAUUCUCAAGCAUGGUGGUGCCUGCAUCAUAUUAUGGGUAUGUUUGUCAUCGGCAAGAAGUAGGGAGUAGAGCUAAGCACAGGCAAAAUCCUAGAGGAAAACCUGGUUUAGUCUCCUUUCCAACAGACACUGUGAGACAAAUUCACCUUUCAGCAGGACAAUAACUUAAAACACAAGGCCAGAUAUACACUGGAGUUGCUUACCAAGACAACAUUGAAUGUUCCUGAGUAGCCUAGUGACAGUUUUGACUUAAAUUGGCUUAAAUCUAUGGCAAGACUUGAAAAUGGCUGUCUAGCAGUGAUCGUCAACCAAUUUGACAGAGCUUGAAGAAAUACUCACAGCUGUAAUAGCUGCCGAAGGUGAUUCUAACAUGUAUUGACUUAGGGUUGUGAAUACUUAUAUGAAUUAGAUCUGUAUUAAUGUUUCUAUAAAUGUGCAAACAUUUCUGAAAAUAUAUUUUCACUCUGUCAUUAUGGGGUGUUUUGUAUAGAUCGGUGAUGGAAAAAAUAAUUUAAUCAAUUUUGAUUUCAGGCUGUAACAACAAAAUGUGGAAUAAGUCAAGGGGUAUGAAUACUUUCUGAAGGCACUGUAUCAGUUGUUUAAUGAAAAUAGUUUUUGAGAAAUGAUAGACAUGGCGUAUAGGCUCUCUCAUACAGCCAUAAUGUAGCUCAACACAUCUGGAGUACCAGGCUAUUGUAUAUAAAUAGGAUUCAAGUACAUACUGAUAUCAACUCACUCACUGUGCCUUUUGCAUCAUACUAGGAGGUGGACUUCUUGAGCUGCUCUGGAGAGUUGAGCGGCUUUGAUGUAUGCAUCGACAAGGGCACAUUUGACGCCAUAAGCCUGAACCCAGAGAACACUGAGGAGGGCAAAGCAUGUUACAUCCAAGCCCUGAAAGGGGCACUGAAGGAGGAUGGGCUAUUCGUCAUCACUUCCUGCAACUGGACUAAGGAACAGCUACUACAGAUGUUCAGCCAAGGUGAGUGAACCAUCCGAGACACUCCUGGAAUGUUGUGAGUGGAACAUUGGAUUACACUUUUCAGGACUCCUCCAUCCCACGGUCAACACAAUAACCUAAAUAUCUGUUUGUUUCCUGAAUGCAAAGUUAGUUCUCAUCAGUAGCCUUGAUUGUUUAUGGCAUCUUUUAUGCCAUUAUGAUGGUAGUUUUGUAUGCUCAAUAGCAAGUUAAGAAUUAUCAACAGGGAGGAGGGCAGUCUGUUGGGCUUGUAAAAUAUUUUUUUGGGGUGGUUCAUUUCGGUGUCUGACCUAUUAUUAAAACAUUGAUAUAAUGCCUCAACCAAGACAGCUCUCUGGUCAAGUUAUAAUAUAUAUAAUAAUUAUUUAGGCUUGCCAUAACAAAGUGGUUGAAUACUUAUUGACAAGACAUUUCAGUUUUUCAUUUGUAAUUAAUUUCUAAGUGUCAGGUUAUAACAAAAGCAGCCUUGUUUAGCCAGUAUUUAGGCAAGCUUCCAUUUGCUGUCACCCUUCAGCAGGAGUAAGAGCUGGGGAGGUGCUUUUGGGACCAAGGCCAUGUGAACCUCAUCUGUCAAAAUGACAGCUUGUCUGUACUGGCUUUGAAGAUGCACCACAGAUGGUGAAUGGUAGUUGCUUAAAAACCCACACAAAACCAGUGUCUAGUGCGAGGGUUAGAGGUUUUGAGGGAGUUUUACAGCUUGAAAAAGCAAUGCUAACAUAGCAAGGUAUUAACUCUAUGAUUGCUGCUCAUAAACGUAUCUUCUUUGACUUGCAGGGUUUGAUUUUGUGAAAGAGCUACCAACACCCCGCUUUCAGUUUGGUGGCAAGACUGGCAACAGUGUGACCGCAAUAAUCUUCAAACGACUUCACUGACUUUUGCCCUCAAGAAAAACAGCAUUCUGAAAUGUUGUUUUUAUGGACUUUUUCCACAAUCAUUUAUUUCUCAAUUGAAAAGUUUCAUUUUUGUGGAAUGUUUUCAGAAAGGAUCACACUAACAAUCAGUAUUCCACCAAAUAAAUAAAUGUUAUUUGUCUUGCACGUUGACAUGUUUCCUCUUUCCUUACCUUUUCUCCACAUUUUAUCAGAUUCCAGACAUCUGACAUCUAAAUUCUGCAAUGAGAAUCCAACCGGCAAUGUAAAAUUCCUUCACCUUUUAUUAUGUAAAGUGGCGCAGUGGUCUAAGGCACUGCAUUGCAGUGCUAGCUG